GUCCCCAUCAAUUAUGUUCUUAUGGAAAGAACCAGCAUCUGCUGAAGACUCGGUGCAUAUGGGCAACAAGAACGGAAUGCUUUUUCCCCCUCUUGUGACUCCAGACCAGAAAAGAACACUCCUGUGAAAAAAACAAGAGGAACAAGAAGCAGCAUGAUGGAUUCAGAGGACCUAGUUCUAAACAAGUCAAAGGCGGACCAACUUGGUCAUCGAACAGUAAACGUUACCUCAGGCAAACAUUACUUCUGUGGCUAUUGUGCUGCUGUCACAAAUGUGGCCGUCACCUUCCCCCUCCAGAAGGUCCUCUUUCGGCAGCAGCUGUACGGCCUGCGAACCAGGGAUGCCAUAAGCCAGCUGCAGAAAGAUGGGCUCAGGAAUCUCUACCGUGGCAUCCUCCCGCCACUGAUGCAGAAGAGCACUGCUCUGGCGCUAAUGUUUGGUUUGUAUGAGGACCUGUCUUCCAUACUCCUGAGGCACAUGAGUGCGCCAGAACUCUUGACCCGGAGUGUGGCGGCUGUGCUUGCUGGUACCACUGAAGCGGUGCUGACUCCUUUUGAACGUGUCCAGACGCUUCUGCAGGAUUACAAAUAUCAUGACAAAUUUACAAAUACCUUCCAGGCGUUCAGAUUUCUGAAAGAGCAUGGGCCCAGGGAGUACUAUCGGGGUCUGGUGCCGAUUCUGCUUCGGAACGGUCCUAGCAAUGCUCUUUUCUUUGGCCUGAGGGGACCCAUCAAACAGUGUUUGCCUGAAGCAACCACUUACAGUACUCAUUUGAUCAACGAUUUCAUCUGUGGAGGGUUAUUGGGCGCUAUGCUGGGAUUCCUGUUUUUCCCACUGAAUGUGGUUAAAGCCCGCAUGCAGUCACAAAUUGGUGGGGAAUUCCAGUCUUUUUCCAAGGUUUUCAUGAAGAUUUGGCUAGAGCGUGACAGGAAAGUAACACACCUUUUCCGAGGGGCCCACCUGAAUUACCAUCGGUCCCUGAUUUCCUGGGGCAUAAUCAAUGCAACAUAUGAAUUCUUGCUCAAACUCCUGUGAAACUCCCUGCUUGUGGGUUUCUUCUCAGUUGUUGGGCAUCAGAUAACAAUGAACCAUCAAUUUUCAGAGAAUAAUCAAAAUGCCCUAGAAACACAGAGCUCCAUAAUGCUUGUGGAAACCUGAAUGCAAAAUGAAAGUUCUUUCAAUAGGUUAUGGAUGCCAGUUAUUUUAAUCAGUGCCUACUCAGGUCAAACUGUAAUUGCGUUCACUCUUAUUAAUGGUCUUUCAUUCUGUCGGUGUCUGCAGUAUGCCUAAAGUGAUUGAAAAGUUUCCUGGAACAUACGAAGGAUGCCAGAAAGUGGAUUUACUCAGAAACAACAACAAAAAACUGAAUUUGCUAAUGGCCUGUUAACAGUUUGUUCCAGAUAACCUUCAGCUUUUCUCAGCACUCCUGGUGAUCCAAAGAAUGCACUUUGAGGAAAUUAACAGGGAAGAAGACUGAUACUAUAUGUGUUGCUUGGCCAUUUUGUAAUAGAUAUUGGGAUGUUGGAAUAAAUGGGCCUUAAGUUUUCAUGUUGCUUUAAGUCACACACACAUAAACAGAAAUAUCUAUCUUUAUAUUUAAAAAAAACACCUGGAAAAAGAGACUGCCAAAUUCAGAAGCGAAAUCUCUACUGCUAAAAUACAAGGUUCUGUAAAUCUUGUUAAACAGUUUUUACUACAUUGUUGAUACAAAUGAUAUUGUGUCAAGAUUUCCUAUUACAUUUCAGAAACUGAGUUCACUGUACACCCAGUAGUGGGCAUGUCUGUUUAAAACCUAAAUAUCUUGGUGGCUGCGGGAAAAACAUGGAGAAAAACUGCCAUCUGAAAAGCUUUAAACCGUCCUUCAUAUUAUGUUGCCACUAGAGACGGGGGUAUUCAUAUAUACGAAUAUCCCCACACACUUGUACAUAACAAGGGUUCAGCCCCCUGGGGUUGAAGCGUCCACUCACACGUCUGCUGGUGGCGGCUCCAUUCUCCCUUCCAGUUGCUCCAGAGCUCCCAGUUGGCUAGCUACUCCUGGCAGAAGGAGGAAAGACCAGUCCCCCUGCCAGGUUGACGAGUGGAUAGCUGACCGCAAACUCCAGAACAAUUGGAAGGGAGAGUGGAACUGCCACCGCCAGCAGACAUGUGAGUGGACGGUCUGACCCCAGGGGCCUGGACCCUCGUUAUGUCCAGCUGUACAAGGGUAUUUGUAUAUGAAUACCCCCAUCUCUAAUUGUUACUUAACCCAUCCAUUUAGAUUUUUGUUCACCCUGUGUUCCGCUAACUUUGACACAUGUGCAUACCUUAAAUAGAAUUUUUUUUUUAAAAAAAAAAUACUUUUCAGCUUUGGUAAGUAUGGUGGAAAUCAGCACUUGGGCAAUCCAACCAUUAUGAAGAAUUCUAAAAUCCAGGGGUUUUGGCACUUAAUUGCAUCUAACUUAUUUGUAUUAUAAAUUAAUGUAGAGUAAGUGACAUAUCUGGGAGUAACUGGUGCCACUCUCAGUGUAAUCCACCGUGAGAGAGGCAUUCAUAGAAUGUCAUCACAUGCUGCUGCUCAAGCAUAUAGUUUAUAUUGGAAAAUAGGAUUGUGCCUCCACCUCUUUCCCUCUUUUCUGCACAUCCUUUAAUAUGAUUGGAUGUUUGCACAAGUAGGCCUGGCUUGAAAGAUACUCCCUUUCACAGUAGAGAGAUGAUUUGAUGGGGGCUCAACCUUAGGUAUCGCCUACACCAAGUCUGUGAAUUUAGCUCCUUGUAUAUUGUAAAGGACUAUGCAAGUACAUGAGAAGGAAGGCGGAAUCCUUAAGUAUCACAUGGAUUCAGCUUUCUGUGUUUGUGUACAGUAUGUGUUCAAUCAUGCUGACAAACAUUUCUGUGUAUGUAAGAAUCCAGGUAAGAAAUGAAAUAUGUACAGAAGGAACAAAAAUUGGCCUCAUUAACAAAGAGGAAAAUAAGUCUGAGUACUAUAAUAAUGCUCAUUAUAGGACUGACCAUUUUUGUAUAACUUUCAAAAUACAAAUAGGAGUUAAUAUUUUUCAUGUUUCUGGUGUACAGAAGAUCUUUCUUAAAUUGAUUUGCUAUCUUCCCAGUGUUAAGAGCGAGGUUUCUUUUUUAAAGUGUACCUGACCUCUUGGCAUCAAGAUCAUAUUUUUAUUUUAACUUGCAUAUGGUCCAUUUCAAAAAAUGCUCCGAAAUAGCAAUUAAUCCUAAUUUUUUCCAUUUGAUAUUUAUACUGUCCUAGUGUAUGCUGUUUAGGCUCACGGUCAAAUUGCCAAGCACAACAAGCAAGAAUGUUUGAUGUUUUGAAUGUCAUUAUAUGCAUUUAAAUAAAAUGUCUGUUGAAUGUUUAUCUGGUAGAAUCUGAUUUUACCAGAUUUUUUGUAACUUCCCAUGAUGGAAUAAAAAAGAGUAAACCUUA